UUAGUCAAGUUGAAUCGGCCCACAACGGGUAGGGAUUUGUUUUGCAAGUUGAAUUAGUAGUACUCUUUCCUGCCUCCUGUAAGCUCCUGGCUAGCAUUGUCAUCUAUGUCGAUAUCUCGAUCCCCAAGCUUUAGAAAGCUUCAAGGUUGAGUCCGAUCGAGUUAUGGCCGACCCCGAGAUAAUAACUUCAGUCAUAGACAAAGAGAAAGCUGCAAGCAAUAUCGAAUCAAAUGCAGAGACCGGAACAAGAAACACCCUUACUACAGAUGCAGCACAAGGAUCAAGCAGCGCGAAAUGGCUAACGAUGAAGGAACUUGUUGAUCCUAAGGGGUCAUUCAUUCGAAAGUGGAAUGUCUUUUUUAUAGCAUCUGCUGUUCUGGUGGAUCCUUUGUUCCUUUACAUCCCUAUAAUUAACGAGGACAUGAAGUGUCUGAGGUUGGACAACAACUUGAAGAUAGCAGCUCUUUCACUGAGAUCGUUGACAGAUAUAUGUUAUUUGUUGAACAUCUUUUUACAAGUAUAUAGCUAUAUGAACUGUUCAGCUGUACGUUCGGAAAGUUUCUCCAAUAAUAAUACAGCAAAAGAACCAGGCAUAAUUAAGGCGCAUUCAUACAUCUUGAUUGAUAUUCUGGCUGUUCUUCCCAUUCCACAGAUAAUCGGAGCAUUUUGGUACUUCUUUGCUGUUCAACGAGUCACAACUUGCUGGCAGUAUGGUUGUCGAAUUGAAAAUGGAUGCGACCCGAAUAACUUGGACUGUCGUGAUCACCAUGCGCUGAGAAAUAUCGCAUUUCUAGAUGAGGCUUGCUCUAUGCAUUCCCCUAAUAAAAAGUUCUUUGAUUUUGGCAUAUAUCUCAGUAUCCUUCAGCUUGGUAUACUAGCUUCAACUAAUUAUUCAGAGAAGCUCUCAAAUUGUUUUUGGUGGGGUUUGCAAAAUUUGAGUUCGCUUGGAUCGAACCUCCAGACCAGUGUCAAUACAUGGGAAAACCUCUUUGCGGCUUCUAUUUCUAUAAUUGGGUUGCUACUAUUUAUAUAUCUCAUUGGAAAUUUACAGACAUAUAUUCAGUUGGAGACUUCAAGGAGGGAGACACACAGAUGGAAGAUGAGAAUUCAUAAGAAGAUGGAAGAGAAAGGGGAAGCAAUAGAACGGUGGUUAUCUAACAAUGGCAUCCCUUUGAGCAGAAAACCAUAUAUCAUGGAAUGGGUCCAAUUAGAGCUAGAAGAAAAAAGAGAUGUUGAUCCAGAGAAUAUCUUCUCUAUUCUUCCAUCGGCACUUCAGAUGGAGAUGAGAAGUUGUAUGCCGUUGAAUAGGCUAAAGACGACAUUGCUUCAAAAUAUGGAUGAAGAAGUAUUGAGAGAAAUCUCUGUCCAUCUUAAGCCCGAGACGUACAAUAAGAAUGAUAUCAUUAUCCAAGAGGAUAAACCACUAGAAAAGAUGAUCUUCAUCGUGGACGGAUUUGUAAAAAUUGAAAUGAAAGAUUAUUCGGGUGAUCCCUUGGAACUAGGUGCAGGGCAAGUAUACGGUGAAAAACUUCUAACUUGGCCAGCAUGGACAUCCUUUCCAGGCAUAUCAAAUGAAUCCGUCAGAGCCCUCGAUAAAACUGUUGAGGUCCUUGGUCUUACGGCAAGAGACAUGGAGACUGUAGGCUCUAAAUUCAGGUCAUAUUUUGACGGGAGGACCCCCCAUCUAAAGGAGGUUUUUGAGUGGGAGCUUUUGACCAGUGACCUGGUAACUUUGCUAAGAAAAGUACCAAUAUUCCAAAAAAUGGAGAGUCAAUUGUUGAAAGAUAUCUCUAGACAUCUCCACAAGUCCAACUAUAGCAGCGACAGUUAUAUUAUACAAGAGAAUGAUCCACUUGAUAAAAUGUUCUUAGUAGAGGGGAGUAGUUUGUCGAUUGAAAGUUCUCGACCUUGUACAAGGGAGUCACUUGGCGUAAGAGAUUUUUAUGGAGAGGAACUUGUACAUUGGGUUAUAAACUGGUCAUUAUCACAGACCUCCUUUCCUGCCAUUGUACCCUUGUCAACCUGUAGUGUAAAGGUCCCCGCCAACACCGGCAUUGUUGAGGUUCGUGAACUCAGAGUCCAUGACUUGAAGAACAUAUUCUCUAAUAAUUCCAUGACACAGUUCAUGAAGCUGCCCGCCACUCUCCCAAUAGAUGUCGUUCAGGACAAGCUAUCCACAGUUGAUCCGUUGAUCACUUGGCUGAAGCAGGUGCCGAAUCUUCAAAAUGUGGACGAAGAAGGGUUGAAAGAAAUUUGUGAGAAGUUUAAGCUGAUGAAAUACAAUGACAAGUCGAGUGAUAUUAUUACCAGUGAAGAGAAAUUUGAUAAGAUGUUUCUCAUUGUGAGUGGACUGGUACGCAUCAGAAAGAUCAAUUGCGAUGACCACUACUGUUAUUCAGGACAGCACUAUGGAGAUCAUGAACUUUUUGAAUGGGUGUCACGAACCUCCUUGACGGAGGAGCAUACAUUACCCAAAUCGGACGUAACCGUUGAGGCUGUGGGGGAUGUUGAAGCUCUAGUUCUCAUGGCCGAUGACUUGGUGAAUGUGGCCUUUAAAUUCAACUUGCAGGUGGGCAAAGAGAUGGGUCAGAGUCAGACGGAUCCGGAUAGAAAACCACCUCGCAAAAAACCAACUCUAACGCCCAUAGAUAAGGAGUUGGAAGAAAUUGAGAAAAAGCUCAGACGCAGCAUAAUAAGACCUCAGGCGGAGAUUGUGGAGGAACCUUUCGAAUCAAACAAGAAACUCAGACUUCCCAAGAAAAAAAUAGGACUACGCGCGCGCGGCAGCAGGAUAAUGUCAAGUUAUGGAGGUGGCCAAGCGCUGAAUAUGGCCGUUGAAGAGCAGGACAUGAUAGAAGAGGUGGAGGUCCAAGAGUUAAACGAUGAACUGGAGUACCCCAAUAAUGCUGAUGAAAUGGAGAUGGAGGCUUCAGAUUCAUACAACAAGAGACGCGCCAGCGCCAGGCAACGACCAUCAGUUCUUAAACAGAUUUUGCGAGCCGCGGUCGUUUUGGAUUGCGAAGAGGAGAAUUUGGAUUGGCAAUAUCCCGAAGAGAGUACUCGGGAUGAGGAAAAGGUGCACGAAUCAAAUUGGCUUGAGGCAGAGGAGCAGGUAGCAGACUUGCAUGAGGUAGAGGUGCACCCGUCGAGUUGGGACCCUAGUUGGGAGCUUAGUGACACAAGUAUACACACAUAUGGGAAACAAAAGAAGUCAAGCAGAGUAAAAAGUGGAGUGAAGUCAAGCAAAAAAAGUGGAAAAGCGCCGCGCGUAAUAGCAGGUGGAAAAGCGAAACCAUCACAUCUGAUGCAGGUUCUAAGUGCAGCAUAUGCUAUGGAUUUGGAGGAUUUGGAAGGAGAGUUAAUUGUUGACCCGGAUCACGAGUCAGAUACGAACUCUGAUACCCACAAAGAAUUCAUCUGUUGUACAGAAGAAUAUUGA